AUGGCGUAUGACCGCUUUGUAGCCAUAUGCUACCCGCUGUACUAUGGAAGACUCAUGAGUUCAAAGAUGUGCUACUUGAUGUCAGUUUGCGUGUGGAGUGGAAGCUUUUUGCUGUGGGUCGUGCCAUCUCUUGCAAUGCGAGUUACCUUCUGCUUUAAUAAAGAGAUUAACCACUUUAUGUGUGAAGUUCUGGAGAUGAUUAAACUAGUCUGUGAAGAUAUUUAUGUGAAAGAAGUCACACUGCAUACCAUCAGCUCCAUAUGCCUUAUAAUUCCUUUUGCAUUUAUCAUAGGAUCUUACGUUUGCAUUAUCGCGACUUUCCUGAAAAUCCCUUCACUAGGAAGAUGGAAGACCUUUUCCACGUGUACCUCCCACAUAAUAGUGGUAUUCUUCUGCUAUGGGACUGCGAUGAUCAUGUACUUUGGUCCAGCAUCCAAUUACUCAGCAAACCAGCUUAAGUUUGCUUCCAUUUUUUAUGUAGUGGUCACCCCUAUGUUAAACCCUAUAAUUUACAGUCUAAAAAACAAGGAUGUUAAAGAUGCAUUUAAAAAACUACUGAGUAAAAUGAUUCUGUAG